AUGAAUCCACAUGGUUUUCUUGUGCAUUUUUUGCUCCUGAUACUUACAAUUACUAUUAUUAAGUCAUCAAAUCAUGGUGGAAACAAACCCAAAAUGAUUGCUGAUGCAUAUGGUGUAUUUGUUAAAUAUCAUAUAGCCGUUAUAAAUGGUUUGUCUAAUGAAACCCUUAACGUGCAUUGUAAAUCAGAUUCUCAAGAUAAAGGUCUUCAAAUAUUGGCAGUGAAUACAAAUUUCACUUGGAGUAUUAGCACUGGUUUCACUUCACAGGCGUUUUUUAAUUGCAAUAUAAUAAAGGAACAUGGCGGUAAAAUCGAAUUUUUGGCAUUUCUAGACAAUGCUAAGUUCGUUGAUGACGGAUGUGGAGGGCGACAUUGCUUUUGGAAGGCAAGGGAUAAUGGACUAUAUUUGUGGCAUAUUCCUGAUCAAAUAUAUGUGUUCAAGUAUGGUUGGCAAGGAAAAUUUUAG